AUGGAGCUGAACAGACUGCUCCUCCUCACAUCUGUCCUCCUGCACAUGGAAGACGGCCACGCCAGCCCAACGCAGCUGGUCUGCGACAACAGACUCAUCCAGAAGUACAUCAGGGAGGCCAAGGACAUGGAGAAGAGAGCGUGCCAGGCGCUGCCCGCACUCAGCCGCCCCGUGGUGCUGCCCUUGGUGGACUUCAGCCUCCAGCAGUGGAAAUCCAAAUCGAAUGAGACCAAGCGGCAGGAGAUCCUGUGUGACCUGGCACUGCUGGUGGGUGCCGUGGCGGGGGCCCAGGGCCAGGUGACCGAGGAGUGUGGGACCAGGCAGUUAAACCAGCUUUACCGACACGCCAACUCCUUCCUCCUGCUCCUGCAAACCUUCAGCUGGAAGGUAGGAUCCGGGGAGCCAGGCUGCUCCCCACGCUCCAUGGAGCAGACCCGCAUCACCAGCAUCUUCCUCACCUACCGGCAGCUGAUACAGGGCAAGCUGCGCUUCUUCUUCCACGACCUGGCCAAGGACUUAUGCAAGCAAGGCCAGGAAGGUGGCAGAGAACCCCGGUGCGGGGCCCGGUGA